AUGAGAACACGCUCGAGUAUCUUGGCCGCCUCCCUGGCAGCGCGGGCCAGCGCCCUGGAGAGCCCGGACGAAGUUGGCCGUCUCCCAGCGAUGGGCUGGAAUUCCUGGAACGAAUACGGCUGCAACAUCAACGAGGAGAUCUUCCUGACGACAGCCGAGAAACUCAUCUCCACCGGUCUUGCAGACCUCGGCUAUGUGUACGUCAACGUCGACGAUUGCUGGUCGGACAAGAACAAGGGGCGCGAUCCGAACACGCAGCAGAUCAUCCCGGAUUCUUCCAAGUUUCCGACCGGGAUUAGUGGGUUGGCGGAUCAGAUUCAUGAGUUGGGGUUGAAGGUGGGGAUUUACAGUGAUGCGGGAACCGGCACCUGCCUGAACUACCCAGCAUCUCUAGGGCAUGAGAGCAUUGACGCCAGCACUUUCGCCGAAUGGGGAGUCGACUACCUCAAAUACGACAACUGCUACGUCCCCUCGGAGUACAACGACCAAUACAGCUUCGACCCCGAAAACAUCCAAACCAACGCCCCCGCCGACUACGACUGGAGCACCUCCAAAUCCGCAGCCCGCUUCUCCGCCAUGCGGGACGCCCUCCUCGAGCAAAACCGCACCAUCCUCUACUCCAUCUGCAACUGGGGCCAAGCCCACGUCGAUCUCUGGGGCAACAACACCGGCCACAGCUGGCGGUCUUCCGGCGAUAUCAUCGACGCCUGGACGGGGCGUUUCGAAUUCGACAACAGCUGGGGGAUUACCAAUAUCGUGAACCAAGCUGCGUUUUUCUGGAAUGCUACCGAUUUCUGGGGCCAUGGUGACUGGGAUAUGCUGGAGGUUGGCCGGGGGAACUUGACGCUGGAGGAGAACCGGAGUCAUUUUGCACUUUGGGCGGCUUUUAAGAGCCCGUUGAUUCUCGGCACGCCGCUGCAUAAUAUCCAGGAUUCUAUCCUGGAGAUCAUCAGUAACAAGGAGCUGAUCGGGUUCAACCAAGACCCGGUGUAUGGGUUCCCCGCGUCGCCGUACAAGUGGGGUUAUCGGGAGGAUUUCACGUACGACCCGACCUAUCCGGCGGAGUUCUGGUCCGGGUCGUCGGUUGCGGGCAUCCACGUGUUUAUGCUGAACACGCAGGGCGGGACGGAGAACAAGGUCGCCAACUUCGCUGAGAUCCCGGCGUUGAAGGAGCUUGAGGCAGGUGCCACGUACCUGGUGCAUGACAUGUGGACCGGGGAGGAUCUUGGGGAGUUUACGGACAGCUACAGCGUGGAUGUCAAGUCGCAUGACACGGUCGCGUUGCGUAUCACGUUGCCUGAUGGGAGUCACCCGAACCCAACGUGGUCUCCCAGGUAG